UUGAUGAAGCUUGCUCACACAUGCUUACACUGAGCGUAAUUGAAUUGUCACCAAAAGCAUGCAUGUAUUAUACAGGUCUCCCCAGCUAUGAUGUUUUUCAGUCAUUGUUUGAGUAUCUGGAGCCACGUGCAAGUAGCAUGUCAUACUGGGGCUGGACAAAGAAAAGUGGCAGUGAAACACGUGGUCGGCCUAAAGAAAGUAGCCUUGCGACUGAAUUUUUUAUGGUUCUUGUGCGCCUCAGGAUCGGUAUGCCUGGAAAAGAAAUCGCACGUAACUUCAUGAUGUCGGAAAGCCAAGUGAGCCGGACAUUUGCUACUUGGAUUAACUUCCUUGAGCGUGAGCUUACAGCCAUCACUUCAAUUCCAUCGCAAGAUGAAAUCAGGCCACAUCUACCAAGAUCCUUCCGCUUCUUUGAGAACACCAGGCUGAUUUUGGAUGCGACAGAAGUCAGGAUCCAGCGCCCAUCGUCACUAGGUGCACAACGCCAGACCUUUUCCACAUAUAAGCACUAUAACACAUACAAAGUGCUUGUUGGCUGCACCCCUGACGGCUAUAUAGCAUUUGUGUCUCGUCUCUGGGGUGGAUCAGUAUCCGACAAGACAAUCCUUAGCUGCAGUACACUUCUAGAUUCUUUGGAAGUAGGGGAUGCCAUUAUGGUCGACAAAGGCUUCACUUUCCCCUACUUACCUGCUGGAGUGACAGUCUACAGACCCCCAUUCCGAGAACGCCAUGAAACACAAAUGCCUGCACAGGAUGUGGAACAAACACGUCGUAUUGCCGCUGCAAGAGUGCAUGUUGAACGAGCAAUAUCCCGCAUCAAAACUUUCCACAUUUUGGAUAGACCAUUUCCCGUCUGCAUGCUUGAUAUAGCGGAGCAGGUAUUUAAGGUAUGCUGUCACCUGAGCAACUUCCGAAACCUGCUAAUUAAGGAUGAUGACGAAAUCAAUUGAGCAAUUUGUUUGACUAGGUUUCAGAGAAAGCUUUGGCUCGAGACCAGCUGUAGUGGCUUAGUGUAUACGUAGGGUUGUUUGUUUUCAGGUUUUAUAUAUUUUUUAAUUCGGGGGGUAAAAUGGGGUGCUACUGUUCAAGCUGACAAUCGGGAAGAAAUUGGUUUCUUUUUUGGAACCAUUCCAAAAUUUGGGUCAAACUUACAAAUGUACUAAUACAUUAUAUUCGUUCUUUUUUCUGUGCGCUUUUUUUUUAUAGGAGGGUAUCCUGAGCUCCUUA